AUGCCCAAGACAAACGAUGUUCUGUUUAAUCCUGCUAUUCAAGCAGCUGUUACUCAAGCUGCAUAUCAAACUCUGGUAUCGCUAUAUCCAGCACAAAAAGUGCUAUUCGAUAAAGCCCAAAGUGGCUUUUUGAAUACUCUCAGGAAAGAUUUACUAGCACAACUUGCAACUUCAGAGGGUGCGCCUAAAAUUGGUGUGCCACCUAGACUCUUCAAUCAAAUAGUUCGUGUCAUUGCUAUCCAAAGAAAGAAUACAGUGCAACAAAAUGCAGGCCUAUUCGCUUUAGUGAAUUAUGCUAUGGCCGAUGCAGCUAUUGCCGCUUGGGACAGUAAAUAUUACUAUGGAUUUUGGAGACCUAUUGUCGCUAUAAGACAGGAUACACGCAGCACUCGUAGUAUUCCAAACUGGUUGCCACUUGGAGCUGCAUCAGAUGGAUCAGGUACUAACUUUACACCAGCAUUUCCAAGUUAUGUUUCUGGACACGCAACAUUCGGUGGUGCAGUUUUUGGCAUACUCCGAUUAUUUUACGGUACUGAUACUAUGCAAUUUCAGUUGCAAGCUGAUGAAUACAAUGGAAUUACCAAGGAUUCGAUCACCAAUCAAAUACGACCAGUACGAGCACGAUAUUAUCAAUCAUUUACACAAGCUGAAGACGAAAAUUUUCUCGGUAGAAUUUAUGUGGGUGUUCAUUGGCGUACUGAUCAAGAUGCAGGCAGAACAAUGGGGCAACAGAUAGCUUCCUACAUCUUUACACAAAACGAUUAA